GAAGGGCUUUGAAAUUCGUCUUAGCCAGACACGGAUCUGAAAUAUACCCUAGAAGGGAUGCCUCGUAAGUGCCAAGUUGGAAGGUAUCCUGAACCUCGGUUCAUCUGAGUUCGUGACAAAUAAAAGCCCUCGCGAUGUUGACUAGAAGUCCCCUCGACCGAAUACCCACUCUCGAUUCCAACCAUGCAGCUCACACUCAUUUUCACCACACUCGUUACAUUUGCUGCUAUUGCUGCAUCACAUUCGACACCAAAAUUAGUCAAAAAACACGCUUCUCUGGCCAAGCGCCAGGAGCUUUUCUCCUCCAACCUCAUCGGCCAUCUCAAGCCUAGGCUUGAGAAGCCUGAUACACCGGAUACACCGGAUACACCUGACUCGCUUGACUUUGGUGAUACGCCUGAUUUUCUCGCGUCGCCUGAAUUACUCCCAUUGCCUCAUCCAUCCGGCUCCUCUGACUCUGACUCCGACUCCUCUGACUCCGACGACAAGUCCGUCGAUUCUGAUUCCUCCGAUUCUGAUUCCUCCGACUCUGAUUCUGACGACAAGUCCGUUGCUUCUGACUCCUCCGACUCUGACUCUGACGACAAAUCCGUUGAUUCUGACUCCGACGAUUCUGAUUCCGACAAGUCCGUUACUUCUGAUUCAGAUGAUAAGACCGCCGAUCCUGAUGCGAGUGGCGAAGCCGACGACGACGACGACAUCGACAAUGAUGACACGGGGAGUGAGGAGCGUGGGGUGCGCGAGGAGGCUGAAUCUCACCAUGUCCACAAGACAAGGUCUGAUACAGUAGAUAAUGGUGACAGCGGGGACACGGGGCGCGAGGAUGUUGGAUCUCGCGACGUCUUCAAGAAACGUUCCAACUCUCGCGUUGACUCUACGUCCGUUGUCUCGGGUUCAACAGAUGAAAGUGACAACAGCGACAGCGGCGACACGGGACGGGAGGAUGUUGGUUCUCACGUUGAAAGAAGAAGCUCCGAACCCCCUGUCUCUAAGUCUGUCUCUAGCUCAACCGAUGAAAGUGACAACAGCGACAGCGGCGACACGGGACGUGAGGAUAUUGAAUCUCACUACGUUCACAAAAGAAGCUCCAACUCCCGCGACUCCAAGUCCGCUGUCUCUGGUUCAGUCGACGAAAAUGACGGCAGCGACAGCGGCGACACGGGACGAGAGGAUAUUGGUUCUCGCUUUGAAAGAAGCUCCAACUCCCCUGUCUCUAAGUCUGUCUCUAGUUCAACCAAUGAAAGUGACAACAGCGACAGCGGCGAUACGGGGCGCGAGGACGUCGGAUCUCAUCGCAUUAACAAGAAAAGCUCCAACUCCCGCGACUCCAAGUCCGCUGUCUCUGGUUCAGUCGACGAAAAUGAUGGCAGCGACAGCGGCGACACGGGACGAGAGGAUAUUGGUUCUCGCGUUGAAAGAAGAAGCUCCAACUCCCCUGUCUCUAAGUCUGUCUCUAGUUCAACCAAUGAAAGUGACAACAGCGACAGCGGCGAUACGGGGCGCGAGGACGUCGGAUCUCAUCGCAUUAACAAGAGAAGCUCCAACUCCCGCGACUCCAAGUCCGCUGUCUCUGGUUCAGUCGACGAAAAUGAUGGCAGCGACAGCGGCGACACGGGGCGCGAGGAUGUUGGAUCUCAUCGCGUUCACAAGAGAAAGGCUUUUGUCUAUCGUUUCAAGGACGAGAAGCGCUACAAAUAGACAAUAUAUUCGAGAGAGCUUUCAAAUUGGGGAGGGGUCGCGAGAAGAAGUACAGAGUUUGAUACAUCGUAGAGCCACGGCAUCAACACUAGCUCAGGUUGGUGUGUGUAGAUCGAUUCUGAGAUCCUUAUUGUGUGUACGAAAAAGCAGAUAGUUGAGGGCGGACUCGUUAGUGUUCUGGAUAAGUAUUUGUCGACGAUGGCGUGUUCACGGUUAGUGUGGGCACCAAAGGGCCCGACCAUUAACC